AUGGAACAAUGGUGGUCUCCCAAUAGGCCAAGAAUCCAGUAUUUGUUCAGUCCAAGAGGUUCCCGAGACGUGGCAAAACGCACCAAGAAGGUCGGGAUCGUCGGGAAAUAUGGUACCCGCUAUGGUGCCUCCCUCCGGAAAAUGGUGAAGAAAAUUGAAAUCAGCCAGCACGCCAAGUACACGUGCUCCUUCUGUGGCAAGACCAAGAUGAAGAGACGAGCCGUAGGCAUCUGGCACUGUGAUUCCUGCAUGAAAGCAGUGGCUGGCGGGGCCUGGACCUACAACACGACUUCUGCCGUCAUGGUGAAGUCCGCCAUCAGAAGACUGAAGGAACGGAAAGACCAGUAG